AUGGAUGUUGUGUGUAGUAGUUGGUUGAAACAGUUGAAGUGGUGUUGUUACUUCCAAGGAUUGAAAUUUUAUGAUCACAUGUCCACUGAUAAAGUAAAAACAAAAGCUAAACCAGCAAAGACAUUUACCCCUAGGAUCUCAACUUUGAUGAAACCAACAGCAAGUCAGUUGGCCAAGCAAAAUAAGGCUGCUCAAGUUGGUAAUUCUAGAUAUCAGAUGCUACCGGUUCAAAAUGGUGAAAGGAGCUUGUGUAAUUCUUCUCUGGUUGAAAGUCAAGCUCCCAAGAGGCAGAAACUAGAGGGAGGUCACUUGCGUAAGGUUGCUGAUGACAAGCUGCAAACUAACUUUGUUCACAAGACACCUAAAAAGGAUGGAACUUUUGAUAAAAACUCUGUGCUGGCGAAGCUGAAACUCACUGUUCCAAGAGAGCCUGACCUUGAAACAGCACAUAGGGCCCAAAGGACAAGGCCGAAGAAUAUUAUAGAACAAGAAAAUGAUAUGGCUGCAGCACAUAGGUUUAAAGCGAGACCAUUGAACAGAAAAAUUCUCAAGGCUCCUACCUUGUCGAUUCCAAAGAAGAGUGCUCCAAAGUUGCCAGAAUUUCAAGAAUUUCACUUGAAGACAUUGGAGAGGGCUAUGCAGCAGACGUCAUCUGUUCCGUCUUCCAUACAUCAUUAUACUGCUUCUGACAAGGAAUCCGACAAACCUAGUACUUUUUUUGUUGCAGGGAAUGGAAAUAGAGAUUUUGGGAGAACUGCUCCUACUUUUACCGGAACAAGUAGCAUGAGUGCUCCAAGGAAGGAUGUGCAUCAUAUAGUGCACAGUUUUAAAGCUCGCCCUCUUAAUAGGAAGAUAUUUUCAAGUAAAGGAGAUAUUGGUGUUUUUCGGAAUAGCAAACGGGAAACCACAGUACCAAUGGAAUUUAAUUUCCAAAGUGGGAAGAGGGUUCAGCCUAAUGUACCAAUAGAUCUUUUCAGCAAGCUCUCCCUGACGUCAGAACUCCAGCCAAAUAAUGGAUCUCAGUUGAAAUUGCCUCGACCUACCUUCAUGGCUAUGAAGGGCUCUAAAGAAAAUAGAUUGAUUUCUUUCCAGCCAGAGUAUGAGACAGCACAUUUGGUGAAAGAAAAAUCAUCUAUGUUUGGUGGAAAGCAGAAUCAAUGCUGCAAUGAUGAAGUCAGCACCCGCUUGAAUGCAAGGAGGAGUUUGGGUAUCCGGUGAGAGUAAGAUGGUCAAGUUCCUAAACAGGUUUCCUGCAUUGGCAUCUCAAAUACUUGAUAAUUGCAAAAAAUUUCAACAGCUUGUUUUUUGCUGUAUGAAAUCAUGGAGGGCACAGUUCUAUAAUUCAACAUUUUAUAUCUCAAGCCACUGAUCUAACAGAUUUAUGCUAAACCAACUUCCUUAGUCCAUACACUCUGUAGGUGGCUGUGCAUAAUCUCAAUAAUUUGAAGGUCAAUGUUGUACAGUUGUCAAGGCCUCCUCACUCAUACCAUCUACCAAAUUUUUUUUUUUUUUUUUUUUUUUUUUAGCAUUAACACUUUGUAACAGACAUUAAUUGAGAAAUACAAGUUUCUUCUAGUUUUCAAUUUUCACAGGCUGAGUUGGUGCAGCCCUUUUUGUAGUUCUGAUUAGCUUAGCAUGAUUGCUUCUGUAAUUGUGUUGGAUAUGGCAGGAAGUAGAUGGAAACAAGAAUGGGGGAAGAUUGAAUCCGCUGCACUAAUCAUUCUAACAUUAUGGCUAUGGACUUGAGGAGGACAAUCAUGAAUAACAUCAAAAUUACAUACAAAUAGUAAAAAAGAGUGUUAAAUUAUAGUCUAUGAAAUGACAAAUUCUUUAUUACUCAAUCAUUAACGUUGGUAUUUAUGCCAUGUGUACAAUGCAUUUCCAGAUUUGUUUCAGAAGUACAAUUCCAGGAAGCAUGAAAUAUUCUUAUAGGAGAGUAGUAUAAUUUAUAUCCAAGCAGGGUUUCUUCUCCUUGACAAGCCUUCUCUUUGUUAUGGCAAUGGCAAGAUCAUUAGGGAAUAAUGUGUGCCAAACAAAGGCGUGAAGAAGAGUGGACACGAAUAACACAGACACCAUUGUUGAUGACAUGAAGGAAAGACUAAGUGCGAGCCCCUUGCUUAGAACACAAGGAACCUGCUCUGCAUACUUGAUUGUUGCCACUGAUGCUGUUGUCAUAGGGAAUGUAUAAGACCACCAUGCCACUGAGAACCUGUGAAAUGGUUAAACAUAUAAUUAACGUAUGAAUCAAUUCAAGUGAAAAUUU